AGCAACAGUUUUUAUAAUAGGAAUCGGAGAUCACGUUUCCGAAUUUGCCCCUUUUGAGGCGUUGAUACCGGAAAUAUGGCUUUUCUUUGUCAUUAAUGAAAAAGUUGAGAGAAUGAUGACUUUCCUGGAAAUCUAAUCUACCUUGCUUACCCCUAAAAGUUUCGGCCAAAAUGGAUAUAUACCCUUUGUCAGCUGAAUGAGGAGGGCAUUGUGGUCAUUUGGUCACCCGCAAACUACAUUCACAGGCGAACUGCUCGCUCUGUCAGCUCUCUCCACAGCUUCCAAAACCUCAUAAACCCUCCUUUCAAAGCUCUUUCGAGAGAGAAGAAAAAGAAAGAGAGGCUGCGUCUUUUGCUCGAGUUGCAAACGAGAUGGCUACUCAGUUCCCAGAAGAUUUCAAGUGUCCAAUAUCUCUUGAGAUUAUGUCUGACCCGGUUAUUCUCUCAUCGGGUCAUACCUUCGACAGAGCUUCAAUCCAACGCUGGCUAGACUCCGGUCACCGCACCUGUCCAAUUACCAAACUUCCCUUACCUGAACACCCCUGCCUUAUCCCUAACCACGCCCUUCGCUCCUUAAUUUCCAAUUAUACCCUUGUCACACUUUCAAAAUCGCAACCUUGCCCUCAACCCCAGACCCUCAUCUCUGCUCUGACAUCCUCAUCAUCCCCUCUUGGAACCAAGCUCGACUCACUUACCCAUCUUGCCAGAAUCACCAAGCGUGACUCAGCACUUCGCCGCAAACUAACCGAGUCGGGAGCAGUCCCUGCCGUUCUCAAGUGUGUCGACUCGGAUGAUCCGAGUUUACAAGAAAAGGCACUCUCUUUACUCCUCAAUCUCAGCCUCGACGAUGAUAACAAAGUGGGUUUAGUCGCAGAAGGCGCAAUUAACCGGGUUGUCAAAGUCUUACGUGUGGGGUCACCCGAUUGCAGAGCCAUAGCUGCAACGAUCAUAACCAGCUUAGCCGUUGUUGAAGUCAAUAAAGCGACAAUCGGGGCAUACCCGGAUGCGAUUCGGGCAUUAGUUUGCCUGCUAGUUGCAGGAAAAGGAAGGGAAAAGAAAGAGGCAGCGACGGCUCUUUAUGCAAUUUGUUCAUUUGAUGAUAACAGAAGAAGAGCUAUAGAAUGUGGGGCGGUGCCAAUACUAAUUGGGUUAUUGGAUUCAGGGCUGGAAAGAGCUAUUGAAGUGUUGGGAUUAUUGGUGAAAUGUAAAGAAGGCCGAGAAGAGAUGAUGAAAGUUAAUGGGUGUGUUAAAGUUUUGGUUGGGGUUUUAAGGAAUGGGAGUUCAAGAGGAGUUCAAUAUGGGUUAUUUACUUUGAAUUGUUUGUGUAAUUAUAGCGAAAGUUUUUGUUUUGAAGCAAGAAACGAAGGGGUUUUGGAGAUUUGUAUGGGGUUAGUGGAGGAAGAGAAUGAGAAGAUAAGGCGGUAUACUUCGAGUUUGGUUCAGAGUCUGAUGAGAGGAGAUCAUGGUAUUGGGUGAAUGAAAAUUUCUGUGACGGAAAAGGAGGUGAGAUUUUUUUUUUUUAGUUUUUUGGUUUUUUUAUGGGAUGUUUAGAAGGUGGGAAUAGUUUCUUGUACAAAAGGAAAAAAGAUUAGAUUUUUGUAUCUGUGUAUAUUGAAUAAAAGGGAACAUUAUGGAAGGGAGGGCUCGUUAUUCUCCCUGGUUUUUAGGUGUAUUAGUGAAAAAAAAAAAAAAAAAAAACUUUCAAAGUUUUGUUACUUGAAUCAUAAUUUUGGAUUGAUUUGGAAAUUUCGUUGUGUUUAAAGCUUGGCUACUAAGUUUUAAUCUCCUGUUAAACUUUUUUCUCUUACGAACUUUUUUGGCCGUGGAUUUUGCAAGGGAUAAGUUGUUAAUAGAGAUUGGAAAUAGAAAGAAAUGUUCUUAUUUAAAUCUUGCUCGGUACGAGAAGAUUGAAUAAUGAGAUUUAUUUCCAGUUAUGAUUGUGAUUGUUUUUUUAUUCAAUCAAUUUGCCUUAGAAAUUUUGCCUCAUUUAGUUGCUUUGUGUUUAUUAGGAAUUUGUGGCAGUGACAUUCAGUAUUUUCUCCCUUUCUUUCUUUAUCAUUAAAUUGUUAAUAUGGCCUCUGGUUCUGUCAUUGAGAGUUAAAAAUUUCUGGAUCAGAUGCUAUAUAGUAAUUUAAACUGUACUUUUGUUUGUGUACUUUAUACUGCUAGUUGUUGUUGCUGUUGUCAGACAAAUGGGACAUUGUUAAUGCCCUCAGGCAUUGAACUUCGGGGUUGGGAUGGGAUACUUUAUCUGAUCAAAGUUACCUCAGUGUUUACUUUCCCAUUUUGCAUAUUGCAACCAUUUGAAUUUGAAAGAAACUUGAAUGAGAUGUAAUAGAUAUGUUCUUUUACUAGUUAUAUUCAUUUGCUGAAGCUGUGAUUGCUUGUAUGACUACAAUUUAUAUGUUUUCUGUGUUGACUAAAAAUUUUGAGGCAUAAAUGGUCCAUUAUUGCUUGUGUUGUGUGAAUUUAACAUUUGGACUGGUAAUUUGUCUCAAAUGAUUACUUUGGCUGGAUUAUGAAGAUUAUAAUGUACCAAAAUUGUACCUUGAGAAGAAAAGCAGAUCUUAUCUUGGUUUAGAGUAUAAAUAGAAUGUAUUUGCUAUGCCCCAUAACGAACUAGGAAUGCUGAGUGAACAAACAACUUUUGUCUGUGCAAACCUUGUAGUUUUAGAUUGCCAUAUCAAAUAGGUGUUAGGUUAGUUUCUCUGCCUGGCCAUAUGAGAUGCCGUAGCAGAUGGCAAGUAGAUUUGCUUGCUGGAGCAUCUCGAUAACUAGCUGAAGUGUGUAUGGCAGCUUUACUAGGGACCAUCAUUCUCUAACUUCAAGAGAAGGUAUGUUCCAUCGAAGUUUAAUCAACAGUUUCUAGAGAUUUUCUUAAUGGCUUUAUAUACUUGAACUUUUAUGAGUUGAUGUAGGUGGAAUGUCAUUUAAAUUGUAAUGAAAUGAUAUGUUGUAGGCUAAAGCUUCAUGACAAGUUGCUGCUUACUUAGAUAUGGAAACUUUGAGUUGCAAUUGUCAGAAAAUCAUCCAUAGGUUGAGAAACUGUGAAAAGUGCCUUCGAAAACCAUAAAUUGAGCAAACCAACCUUGAAUUGAGCAAUCCCCAUUCCUAUUUUCUGAUUUUGAUCCUCAAUGUUUCUCAUUUUCCACUGUGCAACUUCAAUUUUCAUUUAAACGUUUUGAGUUUGGACAUGGCUUUUAUUUGCAUGGUGAAAGUAGUUUCUUUGAAAUGAUUAAUGAAUUUCACUUUAGCUUUGUUAGCCGCCAAGGUAUCAUUGUAGGAUUGGUUGUUGUAGUCCAGCAGUGCAUCACGUGCAAGUUCAUAGCUGUUUAUAAGGGCUUAGGCGUAAGCUGGUUUCCAACCAUGUUAUUCUUGGGGAAGUCUACAACAGCAAACAGAAGAUGAAUUAUUUGUGAAGCAAAGCUUAAGAAUUGAUGCCUUCAUUUCUAUCUACAUUUCUACAUUCAGCAUACAGAUACAUUGUGCAUAAAAAUUGUGACAUAUGACAUCUCAUGCAAUACUUCAUAGAUACUUAAACAUAUUGUUUGGUAGGUAACAUUGCAUAAAGUUAGUUAUUUGAUAACGGUGGUUGUCCACUUAUCCCACAUGCUACAUGGUCAGGCCGUGUGUAGUUGGUAUUUGAUAGGUUCUUUUAUUGUUUGAUUCUUUCUUGAGUCAAGAAUGCAUCGCAGCUAAUUACAUUAAAUUAAUACAAGAUUGAAGGGCUGCUUUGGUAGCC